UGGCUCGAUAUCAGUACAGCUGUAAAAGUGGAAUAGGCAACCUGGUGCCUAUAAAAUAUUUUCGCAUUACAGAUACUGUAACUGCAAAGGUGGCCAGAAGAAGCCGUGACUCCAUUCUUUUAGCUUAAAGAAACAGUAUUUUGAUGAUGCGAAUUGUUGCGCUCCUAGAUACGCCACUCCUUAACCCAAUCAUUUCUAAUUGGGGGAUCCAGCUUUUCCUUCUGAAAAGAAAAACGUGGGAUUGCUUUUUGCUCUUAGCCAAGGUGAUGGAAAGGAUGCUGCAAUUGGCUGAAAUAUUUGCUGCCCCAAGUGAUGAAGAAGAUUUUCUUGGUUUUGAACUUGAUAUUCCCAUGAAAACGUUGUCAUUGGAAGAUAGGAAUGAGAACUUGCCUGGAACAUCGAGAAUGGCAAUGGAAUUAGACCGAGACUAUAACCCAUCUUUAAUGGAGGAAGAAGAAAAUGAAGAAGAAAUGGAAACUGAGUCAACUCAUAAGAAGAAAAAAUUCAAAACUCGGGGGGUAUUACAGCUUACUAACAAAUCAGCUAAAAAGUCUUUUACAAAUGGGAGAAAUGCAUAUCCAAAUACUUCUUCUGAAUCUGAGGCAGAUGAGACACCAGAUGAAAACUCUAAUGUACUUUUGAAGAGAGAUCAGAAUAUAAAAGAAAAUAAAGCUGUGCUCGCACAGUUACUAGCAGAACUAGAUGAUGCACCUCCCUCAAUCGAAAUAAAUACUCCUUCCUCAAUUAAACGAAAGAAAGCACCAAGGAAAAGAUCUUCAAGAGGCCCAAUACAGCGUCGAACUAACCCAAUCAGGAAUGCUCGUCCCCCAGAAAACUUUGCUGUGGAAAGAAACUCACCUAUGCAAUGGGUUGAUAAUGAAACUUAUCAUACCUUAAUGAAGAGAAAACUAAAUGAGCAUAUUUUAGGAGCACCGAAAAAAAGAAAAAUCACCAGAGUUACAGGACUUAGAUCUGUUGUUAUAACAAAUGAAGACUUAGAACAAGUUGCAUUUACCAAUAAAGAAAAAAUCCACCAUAAGAUUUGGGGAACCACAUGCCAUCAGUGCCGUCAAAAGACAAUUGAUACAAAAACCAUCUGUCAUAAUGAAGACUGUGUCGGUGUGCGGGGACAGUUCUGUGGACCAUGUCUCCGUAAUCGCUAUGGAGAAGAUGUGAAAGUAGCACUUCUGAAUCCAGAGUGGUUGUGCCCUCCUUGCCGUGGAGAAUGUAACUGCAGCUACUGUCGCAAACGUGAUGGUUACUGUGCCACGGGAACACUUAUCCACUUGGCAAAGCUUUAUGGUUACAGCAAUGUAAAGGAGUACCUUGAAAGAUUUAUAUUCCAUCUUUUCUUCAGGGUGGCAUAUCUACUGCUCCUCUCAUCCCCCCCCCAUGCUAAACUUUUGGGCAUGCCAAUGCGUCAUUAAUGGAAAUGAAAAUACUCGAGACAUCUGUGCAAAUUCUGAUUUUGG